CAGACGUACUUUUGUCAGUGAAAUUAGUCAUUUUGUUUCAUCUUGGUAUUGCGCAAAAGGAAGCGAUCUCGCCUAGAAGUCAAACAUAAGAGAAAAUAUCCAUACGAGGCCACCAUUGAAAGUGGGGCGGCAUCCAUUCUCUGUGCACAGGCACGGCUUGUGGGUCGUUUAAACGCUCGGUACAAUGUUGGGUUAACAUGUUUCGACGCAAAGAACACCGCGUUAGACGCCUUGUCGUCCGCAGUGCGGCGCCAGUGUGUCGGUAGUUUGUACUCGGGUUAACGAGGAAUGCUAGCAAAGUUGACAGGAAGCCCCCCACCCCCUCAAAUGCCCAAAAGCAACAUGGCCGCCGAGGAAGUGCAGACUCGCUGAGGCGGUAGGCGGGGCCAAAUGCCCACAAGCAACAUGGCCGCCGAGCAUGCGCACACUCGCUGAGGUGGAAGGCGGGAGGCGGGGCCAAAUGCCCACAAGCAACAUGGCCGCCGAGCGAGCCCACAUUCGCUGAGGGAGGAAUGCGGUAGGCGGGGCCGGCCAGGCUUGUGUCAAACUUUGGGAAUGACAGGAGUGCUGCAGGAGUCGCAAAGAAGGGAAAGUGUCGCCCUUGUUCCUGAUAUUUGGACUACUUGGACUUGUUUGAACGCACACCACUCUUGUUCCUCGACACGCUGGCAACAAAUACCUCAGCAAUGUCGGAGGACCUGACUUGCCAACCUUGGUCCAUCAAGAAAGAUGAUUAUGAGCUACAACAGGUGAUUGGGAGCGGGGCCACCGCUGUGGUUCAAGCCGCCUACUGUGUGCCACGCAAGGAGAAGGUGGCCAUCAAACGCAUCAACCUCGAGAAGUGCCAGACCAACAUGGACGAACUUUUGAAAGAAAUCCAGGCCAUGAGCCAGUGCCACCAUCCCAACAUCGUGUCCUACUACACCUCCUUUGUGGUGAAGGACGAGCUGUGGCUGGUCAUGAAGCUGCUGAGUGGAGGCUCGGUGCUGGACGUGAUCAAGCAUAUCAUCUCACGAGGCGAGCACAAGACGGGCGUCCUGGACCAGGCCAGCAUAGCCACCGUCUUGAAGGAUGUGCUGGAUGGCCUGGAGUACCUGCACAAGAACGGACAGAUACACAGAGAUCUGAAGGCUGGAAACAUUCUCCUUGGUGAUGAUGGAUCCGUGCAAAUCGCAGACUUUGGCGUCAGUGCCUUCCUAGCCACAGGUGGCGACAUGACUCGAAAUAAAGUGCGCAAGACGUUUGUGGGAACGCCGUGUUGGAUGGCGCCGGAGGUCAUGGAGCAGGUCAAAGGUUACGAUUUCAAAGCCGACAUUUGGAGCUUCGGGAUCACGGCCAUCGAGCUGGCCAUUGGGGCGGCGCCGUACCACAAGUACCCUCCAAUGAAGGUGUUGAUGCUGACGCUGCAGAACGACCCCCCCGGCCUGGAGACCGGCGUCACCGACAAGGAGAUGGUGAAGAAAUAUGGCAAGUCCUUCAGGAAGAUGAUCUCCAUGUGUCUGCAGAAGGAUCCGGAGAAGAGGCCGACGUCCUCCGAGUUGUUGAAGCAUAAGUUCUUCACGAAAGCAAAGACUCAUGACUACCUUCUGGAGAAGCUUCUCCAUCGGGCUCCCACGAUAACGGAGCGCUCCAAAAGGGUGCGGCGCGUGCCGGGCUCCAGCGGGCGUCUGCACAAGACGGAGGACGGCGAGUGGGAGUGGAGCGACGACGAGCUGGACGAGGAGAGCGAGGAAGGCAAAGCGGCGGUGGCCGCCCUGAGGGAGCAGCAGGUGAAGCCUGUCGGCGCCCCCCGCCGACAAGUGCGCUUCUCCUACCCGCUGGAGAUUCCUGCGCCCAGGGUUGUUCACUUGCCGCCACGAUACAGAUGGCGUUCCCCUAAUGAGGAAGCACUCUCGCUAGCUAGGCAGGGACACAACAAUAAUAAUAAUAAUAAUUAGGGAUGUCCGAUAAUGGCUUUUUGCCGAUAUCCGAUAUUCCGAUAUUGUCCAACUCUUUAAUUACCGAUACCGAUAUCAACCGAUACCGAUAUCAACCGAUAUAUGCAGUCGUGGAAUUAACACAUUAUUAUACCUAAUUUGGACAACCAGGUA